GGCUUUCUGAGGCUCCAGCUUUCGGGACUAACAUGGUGAAGAGCGAUUCCGACUCAAGCAAUAUGUCUGAGAAACGACCUUCCGACCACGUCGUGACUCAGCGGCUCCCCGAGUCCUUCAGGGAAAACUCCAGGACAGAACUGGGACCAUGCGGAUGGAUUUUGGUGGCUUUCUCGUUCUUGUUCGUACUUAUAACCUUCCCGUUAUCAAUAUGGAUUUGCAUAAAGAUUGUAAAGGAGUAUGAAAGGGUCAUCAUCUUCAGGCUGGGUCGCAUUUUGCAAGGAGGCGCCAGAGGACCUGGUCUGUUUUUUAUCCUGCCCUGCACUGACAGCGUCAUCAAGGUGGACAUGAGGACCAUCUCCUUUGAUAUUCCUCCUCAGGAGGUCCUCACUAAGGAUUCAGUGACGAUCAGUGUGGAUGGCGUGGUCUAUUACCGUGUUCAGAAUGCAACCCUGGCUGUGGCAAAUAUCACCAAUGCAGAUUCGGCAACCCGUCUUUUGGCACAAACCACGCUGAGGAAUGCCUUGGGCACCAAGAACCUGUCUCAGAUUCUCUCUGACAGGGAGGAGAUUGCACACCACAUGCAGAGUACACUGGAUGACGCCACUGAUGACUGGGGAAUAAAGGUGGAGCGCGUGGAGAUUAAGGACGUGAAACUGCCGGUCCAGCUCCAGAGAGCCAUGGCUGCAGAGGCAGAGGCUGCCCGGGAGGCAAGAGCCAAGGUGAUUGCAGCUGAGGGAGAGAUGAAUGCGUCCAGAGCUCUGAAAGAAGCUUCCAUAGUUAUCACCGAGUCCCCUGCCGCCCUUCAGCUCCGGUACCUACAAACCCUGACCACUAUCGCUGCAGAGAAGAACUCCACCAUUGUCUUCCCUCUGCCCAUCGAUAUGCUGCAGGGCCUCAUGGGCUCUAAACACUGAGCUGUGCAGGUCUGUGCAGCACUGUGCUGAGCCCUUCCCAGGGGAAAGUGGGGACCAAUUUAGCCGUUCAGUCGCAGCGAGAUUAGCAGGAAGCUUGACUGUUCCCAUCCCUCCCCUUUUCUGUAUGUAGACCGAGGGACUCUUAGAAGGGACAGGAAUCCUAAGAGCAGCUGAGAGACCACUUUGGAGCUAGGACGUAGCUCAAUAGUAGAGCAUUUGUGUAGCAGGCUCCGGGUUUCAUCUUUAGCACCAAAACAAACAAAAUCACUUCCUUGUAAAUACUGAGACAGAUGGGUGGUUUAUGCACCGUAACUUACUCUUUACUAAAUCUGCAUCUUAUUUUGUGGUAGGCUGAAGCCCUCUCUAACUUCCUUUAAACUGUCCAAGCCCUAUGUGAGCAGUCAAGCCAGGCGAGGGACACAGCCUCGACAUGCCACCCGACCCCACUGGGCAAAUGCUCUGCACAGUGAAGACUUGUGUCACCCUGCUUCUCUGGGCCACCUGUGCCUUCCCAUCAGGGAAUCUUAAAGGGCAUUUCCCCAGUGUCUGUCUGCCUGAUCUAAGCCCAGACUUCUCCAUGAUCCUAUCAGAACUCGAGAAAGAGGCUUGACUGUCCCUCCCGGGGGCCUGUACCACCCCCUCUGGGUACCAUACUUCCCCACUGUGGUGGGUGGUCCUUUUGAAAACAAUGCCUGCAGUUUUUACAAGCCCUUUGUGCCUCCCCCAGACUUGAUGGUCCCUUUCUGUGCUGCCUUAAAGAGCAGCUAAAUUCUUGUCACAAAAGUGCUUUUUCUCACUUUUGCCUAUUUUCAUGUAUCAGGUUUUAAAAUUUUUGAUUUUUAAAACUAACUUUUUAAGUUCUAUAAAUAAUUGUUAUAUGCCCAUUUGAAUAGCGUACAUACAGAAGUACUUUUUUAAAAGAAUCUUAAGAAAACCAUUAUACUUUGCUGUCUGCAUACUGUUAACUACUCUACACUAUGAGUGUUGUGACUGCUGAUCCUACCCGAGCAGUUUAACACGCGGAACGGGAGCGUGUGAUCCCUGAUCUUGCACAGACACCCGUGCUGAGCUCUCGCUGCAGAGGGAAAAUGCUUGUUUGGCUAGGAUUUUUGCUGUUGUUUUCAUCAAACGUUGAUACCAAUAGAGGAAGUGGUCGGUCCCUGUGGGCCACAGUUUCUUAUUGUGACAUCCUUCCCUUGGCCUGGAAAGCUUGGUGGUGACUUUUGCAACAUCUUUGAGGCUCUUGAUUCACCUGGAGAAGCCUAAAAGAACAGCUCCCUGUGGUGGGAGCACUAUUCACUCCGCUGUGCGCUGCAGGCCCACAUGGAGCCUCCACCUCCCUCACACCUGGUUUCUAAGCCUUGAACCCAGCUGGGUUUUCUAGAGAUUUCCACCCAGAACUCUAGUUGCAUUUGCAUUUUGAAUUUAAAAUGAUGGUUUCAUCUGUUUGGAGAAGUGACUUUCCCUCCACUGAGGACCAGGUACACCCACACCUGCUCAGAGGGAGAAAAUGGUACACCGGGUCUCUAGAUUUCUCCCAACAGACACCGACUGGCCUUUGCUUCUGUGCCUUGUGAAUUAGUCACCCAGUAGACUACAGCGCAGUCACAGGGAGAAGAGGGGAACGGCGAGCCAUGGGAAGGGUGCUGCUGUGGGUUUUCAAGAGUCCUCCCCUUCAGCCGUGUGUAAUAAAGUGUGUACCCUAU